CACAGACCAUUGUGACCCAGCAGGUGAAUUCAACUGGGUACAUUUAUAAUGACUUUCCAUCAGGCAGAUAUGGUAUCUGGGAAAAAAGGACUUGAAUCCAGAUCAUGUCCAUCAAACAGGAUUCUGGAACUUGCACAACACAAAGAAAACAAAACGGUGUGGGUCACAACACCUUGUCCAAAGCUUACCUGGGGCAAUCAGGAGUCAAUAUGGCCUCUGUCUUACUCAGCGCUGGGUGCAGUUCCAACAGAGAGAAUUCAAUACCUAGCUAAGCACAAAAGAGACUUCUCAGCAUGGGAGUACCACCUGAGGAAAGACGAGGAGGUGAUCUCCUCCAGGAAGACAUUACGUUCUUCCUCCAAGACAGCCCAGUACGAGCUCGUUGUCCGCCUGUCAACACCCAAGACCAGGUCCCGAAGCUCCCAAGAAAUGGGUCCUCCUCACACGUCGUGUUGUGAGUACAGCUGCCCCAUCUGGCACAUAGACCCCAGAGUGAGAACUGCUGAGACCACUCCACGGCUACUACAGCUAGCCAAUCCCAAAGCGAACCACCUCAACUUCAAAAGCAACAGGGAGAAAGUGGAAACAUACAUUUCCUAUGCUGCCAAAACAGCCCAGACCACUCCCAGGCUGGACCAGCUCUCGCUGCCCAAGUUUAGGGACAGUAAAAUGUUCUUUGAGCGAGGACAUCCAGAGGACUCCAUUUGGCCAGUGUCAAGGAGAGCCCGUCAGGCCACAGCAACUUCACGACUUCAAACUCUAUCAGCUCCUAAGGGACUUAAUAAGGACUACAUCCCUCUGAGAGACCUGCCACCUUUAUGAGCUUGCUUCUCCGUCAAGGUCCAUGUUGGUGCACAAUGUACUAGGAAAAUGGCCACUGAGAAAAGCAAAAUAAAUGGGUACAGAGUACUCAGGGGGUCUCUAAUAAAACAACGUCUUGUGCUUUAAAAAAAAUCUGUUUGGCGCCAGAGCCGAGAUGGGAAAACCGGGCGCUUUUGUCCCCCACUGGUUUUGCAAUCAUCUGCAUUGAGAUGUGUUGCUUGGAGCUCUUUUUGACGACAUCGAAGCAAUACAUUACAUUUGUCUUUAGCAAACAGCCAAACCAAACGGUUGCUUUGCUCCAGUAGGCUCUCUUUCCAGAAGAAUGUGUUUUCAUCUUUUGAAAUGAGAGCAACGGUAUGAUAAAAGGAUCCACAUGUGUUUCGACAUUUCAAUCAUUCUGGGUUCUCUGUUUAUAUCAAAACCACCUGUUGUAAAGAUUCCUCGCGUGUUUUCCUGGAGAUAGUGAAAUCUCAUAGAUUGAUUCAAAAACCAUAUUCUCGCCCCAGGAGCUUUAAAUGUCAGCCUCCCAGUCUAUAUGACCACUGUUUAAUUUACAAAAGGCACCGUGACCUCUGUUUGAAAUAAACCGUAAUCCCGGUUACACUACAGGCACAUGUGAGCAUUACCUAAAAGUGGACACAAUAGCUUUCAAUGGGGCUAUGUGGAUUUAGAGCGGUGCGGGAGGUUUGGUGGAGCCGCCAUGAGUGUAGGGCCCGAGCGGAGAGGUGAACAGACCUCGGAGGCUGGACUUCAAAUCAGAUCCAAGCGUCCAACUGGGACCUAAUCUUGGAUAAGCCAGCAAUGAUCGCGACCUUGGACUGCAGGAUAAAGAGGGAUAGAGUGGAAGGUGGAGGAGGGCGAGGAGUGUCAUGACCGUUGGUGCCUCCCGCUGGUUGACUCACUUCCCAUGGGGCACCUGUUCCUACAGAGGAGCUCUGAUCUAUGUUGCUGGUUAUCUGUCUGUGUGUGGCAGCCAGCUCUGACACGUUCAUCAAGCUCCAGCUGACACUGAUAGGCUCUGAGUGGGGUGGCUGUCUCACUGUCUGGAUCCCGCCAGUUACAUGAGAUGUUGACGCUUGCAGAGUAUUAGUGAGACUGAUCUGGAUUUGGCAGAGAACUGCAACGCUAUAUUAAACUACACUUUUUAUAAAGGGCUUCUAAACGGUCCGUAAUUACUUUAUAGACAGUUCAUUAUGGAUGUAGUAAUUGGUAAUAAACUGUGUGUGUAAAUAUAUCCCCUCUUUAAACACCUGAAUGAAGAUCACAUUUUUAACUACUGGGUGAAACUAGCUACUUUCACAUUUAGCCUCUUAAACCCUAUGAAGAGCUGUCUGCACACAUCUAUUUCCUAUCAACUCUUCACUGCCUCAAUGGUUAAGUAUGCAAACAAAUGUCAUGGUCCAUUUUGUGUCUUAUCGGCCUUGAUUGAUCUUCUCAUAUUAUCCUUGACUAGUCAAGGCUGCACUCAAAUACCCUUUGAUCAAAUAAAAUCUCAAAUAUGUGGUCGGCCUACAUCUUCAACCCCCACACACAUGCACUUCCUCCUAAUGCAGGGAUAACAACAAACCAAGACAUCCUCACUUGCCCCUUUUGGAUGAAUUUUAAAUAAAGUUAAAAUCGACAAGAAAAUGUCAUCCUUGUGAGAACUGUUGUCGCUCAUACAUCGAAGCACAUGUGAAUCCUCUUAGUCUAGCAGCUUCUUGAGUCCUGGAAAGUGCGUCUUGGACAGAGUGCAGUUUGGACACUUCUGGAGUCAGUUCCUGGGGCCAGCUGGACCAGGCUCUGACGCUCACCAGUCUUGGGGUGACAGAUUCCACACAAGCCUGCUAAGUCCUCUUAGCAACAGACAAUGCAGGGCCCAUUCAAAUUCCAUACACACCACAUUGGCCUCUUAUAGAGCACUAACGGCCUUUCAUUCCACUGAAUUGUGGUUCGGAAAUGACAUAACAAGCAGUAUGGCAUUAUCUUCCUGAUAUACUUUUGCCAGGCAUUAUCUUCCUGAUAUACUUUUGCCAGGCAUUAUCUUCCUGAUAUACUUUUGCCAGGCAUUAUCUUCCUGAUAUACUUUGCCAGCUAUCAGCACAUAUCAAUACAGGUGGGGUAUACUUUUUUUCCCUCUGAUCUUCAAUUAUCCAUUUCUUUAUUGGUUUGUUUACUUAUUUUUAGUUGUUUUGCAGCUGCAACACAAGUCAUAAGAUGGCAUGCAAUGGUUUAAGAGUGGGACAAUAUGCGUUCAGCUGGAGCUUGAUGAAUGUUCAGCAAUUGGUGAGUUAGCUGCUCAACUCUCAACAAACACACUUGUUUUUCCCUCUUUGGGUGUGACUCUUUUUUUACACAGUCAGCUGAACAGGGGAAACAAAACAGACCGGGACAGGAAGAACAGUAUAUACCACCGUGUGUGUGCAGCAUGUGUAGCCAGGCCACACAGCUAUCUCUUAUAACACACUGUAAAACAGAGAAGAGAGUUUUAUUAGGACCAGAAGUACCUGAGUUAGUAUAUAUUUUUGUUGUAGGCGGUUCCCACAAUCAGUCCAUCAUUACCAACAUUAGUUUGUUGGCAGGAUAUCACUCCCUUCUCUCUUUACUUCACGUUAUUUCCCCUAGACAGAUAUUUAGAAACUGGGACAACUGAACCGACAAGUAGGUGGCAUCACCUGCUGGUGGUUGUUUGCUCUUAACCUCAGCUUACUUGUCUAAAGACUUUCCCUCCAAAUUUGCCAUCUUCCCUGUUACAUGGCUAGCCGAUUCUGUAGAAUCUGUCGUAAAAUGAGUGCUGCCUCACAUCUUUUAUAGUCCCAUGAAAGCUUAAUGUUAUCCCGCUCCCUGCUGAGAGACACACAAAACAAAGCCUCACAAC